AACGACUAAGAUUUCGAUCCUAUCACUUCUCAUCUCACUCUCUAUUUCCUAUAUAUAUAUAUAUAUAGAUAUAUAUAGCCCAGGCACCUAUCCCCUAUCAUCAUCAUCACCAAUCAUCAUCAUCACCACCGUUGAUUAAACUGAUAAGAACAGAUAAUCACCAUUCAUCAAUCAGACCAUCAGAUCUGAUGAUGCCCUAACCCUUCCUCCCCCAAACUAACAAAACUUCCUUCCUUCCCACCAUCCUCUCUCUCAUAAACAAAAAAAUCCCCUAUCAAAUCACUUUCUCCGCCUCGGAUCUGGCCGAUCUGGUCCCACGCGCCGCCGUAACGAUUGCGACCAGUAUGGUAGUGAACAGGAGGCCCUUAAAGAGGAUGAAGAGGAGAAUCACCGCCGACCUCUAUGACUUUUUUACCUUCCCUUCUGCUCCCUCUGCGGAUGGAUUCCUUCUCUCACUUCCGUUUCGUACGAACAUCAGGUCGUUUUUGACGAAGUACGCGCUUCUACCGCCUCCGUCAUCUCUCCAUCCGCACCUUCUCACGUGGCAGAUCCUUUUCCGAGUCGGAGACGUCAUGGACGGUCUCGAUCCGGCGGCUGUCUGCCUCGACGUCGUUGAGGAGGAUGUUGCUAGAUCUAGAUCCGUUUAUUGCGAUCAGUGUCGAGUCGUCGGUUGGAGUAGCCACCCUGUAUGUAGCAAGCGGUACCAUUUUAUUAUCAAGUCUGAUGGUAAUUCAAUAGGUGGGUACAAUAGGCCCUGUUCACGCUGUGGGGAUAUCCUCUAUUUAUCCGAGUCUAGGUGUAAGUCAUGCAAUCAUUUCAUGACUUCCGAUGAUGUUGAAGACUGGGUGUAUCAUCAGUUGGAGGAUACUACUCAUCUUUUACAUGGAGUGGUUCAUGGAAAUGGUUUUGGCCACCUCCUCAGAGUCAACGGCAGAGAAGGGGGCUCUAGGUUCCUUUCUGGAAAUCAUAUUAUGGACUUCUGGGAUCGGUUAUGUAGUGCUCUUGGAGUGAGAAGGGUGAGUGUAAUGGAUGUAUCAAAGAAGUAUGGGUUGGAGUACCGGCUACUUCAUGCUGUCACUAAAGGCCAUCCAUGGUAUGGUGACUGGGAUUACGAAUUUGGCACUGGGAGUUUUGCCCUCACAGUUGAUGCUUACAAAUCAGCUGUUGAAACUCUAUGUAAUUUAUCAUUGUCACUCUUCCUUUCUGGAGGGCAGAAACCACAGACUCACCUGCAGGAAUUAAUCUCAUUUUAUCAGUGCCUGUCAGAACAGAAACUUAUAAACAUAAGAGAUCUCUUUUGUUUUGUUAUGAGUCUAAUCCAUGACGUCCACAAAUUAUCCUCAAAGAUUGGUGAUUCAAACUGCAAGCAGCCUCAUCCUUCUGCAUCAGGGUCCGUGCAGUCAUGGUCUGCUUUAGAUGUUGAACGUGUCUACGAAGCUAUGUUUAGAGUGCUUCGGGCAGUGUCAGGUUCCAACUGGGUAAGUUGCCGUGCUCUUAGGGGUGCCAUCUGCAAAGUGGCUUCUCCCGAUCUCCUUGACCAUUGUCUGAAGGAACUUGGAGGGAAAUUAGCAGCUGAGGGAAUGGUUGUUGUUGCUCGGAAAAAUCCUGCUUCAGGUGCUUUUGAGUACAGUAUGUUAACCGAGAAUGCUACUAUAUUUGACUUGAAGCUUGAAGCAUCUAGAGCCUUCCAAGAUGUAUAUUUGGUGUCCAGAAGAUUCCAGGCUGAAGAGAUACUUGGCUAUGGAGGUGUAGACGAUUCCACCCAGGUCAAGCACUUGUUAGCAUCGGUUGAAUCAAUUGUAGUUCGAGGGAGAUGCCUUGGGAAGAAUGGUCUUAGUAAAUUCAGAAUGGAGAGAGGGCUUGAGAGAUGGAUUGUGGAUUGCAGUUGUGGAGCCAAAGAUGAUGAUGGGGAGAGGAUGUUAGCUUGUGAUGUUUGCAGUGUGUGGCAGCACACAAGGUGUUCUGGCAUUCAUGACUCAGAUGCUGUGCCUGCAAGGUUUCUGUGCAGCAGAUGCAGAGGCUCUAGCCAAAUGAACAAACUUAUUGGUGAAUACCAGAAUGAGACUGUGACUCUGGCAGGUUGCAGUGGUGGAGCUGGCGGCAGGGGAAAGAGCGUAACAACUUAUCCCCACGACGGCUGAGGGUUGGAAUGUUGUAAAUCAUCUUCUUUUUUGGUUGGUGAGGUUUCUUGGUGGCCUAAAACUAAUUUGUAAAUAUGGGUACAGGCCACAGGAAUGAACCUAGGGCAGUUAUUUCUCAUAUAAACUUCAAUUGAUGGCUGGAUAUACACAGAAGAUGAAGGGCAUGAAAUGGGUUUUUGCUUA